AUUAGAUAUCAAAUUCUAGAUUUAUUUAUGAUUUUUGUGAAUUAGGUUCGACUAAGAAUGCAUAACAGAAGUAAUAAAGUUUAUACCAUAAACUCUAUUAUCGGAGUGAGGGCUACAUUAUAUACGGGGGUUACUAAAGGUGUGGUCAAAAAGGAUAGACGGGAUAUAAGAGUUGGUCCAAAAGCAGACGAAGAAAUUGCUGUUUUGGUCACUUAUAAUGAGUACGAGAAAUAUUUAACUGAUCAAAUUAUGGCAAAUUACUACGCUAUGGAUGACUUCCGACUCCGAAUGCCUGAUAUUAUAAUACAAAUAAUCGGUGAUAUAAUUCAGGGCAAACCAUUCACCUGUAAUGCGUCUUUACUAUUGAAGGACCAGAUUAUUCGAAUCGGCUUAGAAUGCCAUUGAAAAUGCCGGUAUUCCCCGAGUCUGAGGCGCGAACCUCUUUUACAAUAACUCCCAAGACUUCAGGCGAGCGAACAAUUAGUGCCAAAUUUACAUCACUUGAGCUCAAAGAUGUCGAUGGAUUCAAGAAUAUAAGAGUUUCCGC